CGCCAAUUCUCUUCUCAGACUCAAAACUCAACUCGACCGUUGUCGGCUUUGCGGCAAAUCAACGCUUCCGGCAGCAAACCGACCGACCUUCCGAUCGAUACUACAAAUAGACAUUAGCACUUGCGGGAAGCUUCAUUUCCUUCAACCCAACGGAAAAACUUUCUUCUUCUCUGCUUCACUUCCCGUUUUCCCUUUUCAAUCUCCCUUCACUCGUCUCACCAUUUCUCUCGGCAAAUCUUAGGGUUUCCAUACCCAUUUUCAGUCUCAAGUCUGAACCUGUCUUCUCCUACUCCUGCGCUCCGUGGAAGAUCUCUGACUGCUCGAAGUUUCAGAACGCGUUGUUGUUUCCCGAUCGCUAGGGUUUCAGAAGCCGGAUCGGAAUCUGGGUUUUGCUUCAGGUUCGUUUAUUCUGUCUGCAUUGUCGUUAUUUUUUCAAUUCAUGGCGGGGAAAAGGGGAAUUUCUAUCGCAAUCGGUCCGGAUUUCAACAUUUAGGGUUUUUUUCCCCCUUAGGCUACAGCGGGCUUACAGUAUCUUAUUUUUUCAGCUUUUAAGAAAUGGCGAUCCAUACUGCACGAGAUGGGGUAGGAGCAAUGCAUAUGAAGAGCCGCAAAGUUUGUAUCUACUGGAAGCAGGGGAGGUGUAAUAGAAACCCUUGUAGGUUCGUGCACGGAGACCUGGCUACUGCGGAUCUGCGUGCUUCUUAUGUGUACCGCGCGCCUCAAACACAAUCCCAAGCUUUACCCGGUGGCCUGAGAAGGAAGACCCUCUCACCUCCAGAAGAAGAUAGAGCUGUCAAAAGAUCCAAAUCCACUCAGGUAACAUCUGCUGCUGUCUCACAGAAGAGCCGAAAUAACUGCCAAAAAAUUGAGAGUGCUCAGAAACCAGAAGCUUCUCUGCUAGUCACCACCACUACUGUUGAAAGAAGUGAAGACAAGGCUUGUUGCCAAGAAUGGAUGUCUGGAAGUUGUGGGAGAGGGGAUAGCUGUCAAUUCCUACAUUCUUGGUCCCGUGGUGAUGGAUUUUCGUUGUUAGCAAGACUAGAAGGGCAUGUUGGGAAGCCUGUUUCAGGUAUCGGGCUUCCUUCGGGGUCUGAUAAGCUCUACACAGCUAGCAGCGAUGGAAAGGUAUGUGCUUGGGAUUGCCAUAGUGGUCUGAUUUCUGGGGCUGUGAAUGUUAGUGAUCAGAUUGGGUGUCUGAUAAGCGAUGAGGAAUGGGUCUUUGUUGGUUUCCCUAAUGGUGUUAAAGCAUGGAACUUUAAGUCAGAGGUUUAUUAUGACCUCACUGGUUCGAGUGGUCAAGUGAAUGCCUUGGAAGUUGGGUUGGAUGCCUUGUAUGCUGGAGAUGAAGAUGGUGGAAUUUCGGUUUGGAAAGGAUUCACUGACCAUCAGAUAGCUAAUCGAUUCCAGUAUGCUACUCCCCUGAGAGGCCAUGCCAGUGCUGUUACUUGCCUGAGAGCUAGCAUAAAUGGAGAAUUGCGUAGAUUGUACUCUGGUUCCAAGGAUGGGACGAUCAAGGAGUGGGAUUUGAACACUGGUGAGUGCAUUCAGACACUGAAGGCGCACGAUGACGAUGUAACGUCUGUGAUCUGUUGGGAUCAGUACUUAGUGUCUUGCUCGCUGGAUAAGAAGGUGAAGUUCUGGGGUCGAAUUGAAGGCGACAGUUCCGAGAUAAUCCUCUUAUACACACAUGAAGAGGGGCAUGCUGCACUGACUCUUGGUGGUGUGAAUGAUUCAGAUGGAAAACCAAUCCUGUUUUGCUCGUGGAGUGACAAUUCUGUGGGUUUGUACGAACUCCCAUCGUUGAAAGAGAGAGGGAGGAUAUAUGCUGAGAAAGAAGUGAGAGCAAUCCGGGCAGGUCAGGGGGGAUUGUUCUUCACAGGGGAUGCAAGUGGCGUGGUCAGUGUGUGGAAAUUAGCAGAGAAGCUUUGCAGCUAGCUAGCUAAAGUGCAAUUAGUAGGUUCAUUCAUUUUGCUCAAGUGAACAGAGAGGGAGACAUAAACGGUUGGAUUCCAUUGUUUUUGUUGGAAUUGAACUGAGAAUAGGCUGCUGCACUGAAGUUUCUGUACGUAUUAGUGUGGUUGUUGAGAAGCAACUAUGCUUCUGAUUAUUUUGUAUGUAUUGCGUAUAUAAAAGUAUACAAUGAUG